AUAAAAGAGGAAAGAGAGAGAACGACGCACACGUAUUACAACCAGUAAGCACAUCCCGUAUUUGGCAUAGCAACAGACGAGCCUCUGGCCACCGAGAGAACGGGCAGGGCGGGCGCGGAGAGGUUGGCAGUAUCUCAACGUCGCCUCCGAGAUGGAGGUCCUGGUUUUGUUGAUCUUUGCGUCGGGGAUUUGCGUGGCGUCGGCUCAGGACGAUUGGCAACAAGCUGCUCAGAACUGCCCCUUGGAUACCCCCUGGGGCGCAGGCAACUUCAGUGACUCAGAUUGCGAUGAUCGAGAUCUACUCCCUUGCAAUGGUCUAGGAACCUGUGUGUGCGGACAAUGUAUAUGCAACCAAAGGGAUGACCCACAGGAAGUUGUCAGUGGGCGGUUCUGCGAAUGCACCAACUUCCUUUGCGAUCAAUACUUAGGACCUAUCUGUUCGGGGCCCGACCGCGGCCAAUGCGUUUGCAACAAGUGUGAGUGCAAACCUGGAUGGUCAGGAGACGACUGUGCGUGUGAGGACAGUGUUGAGAAUUGCAGAAACCCUCAGACGGGGGAAAUAUGCUCGAACAAUGGGGUUUGCGAGUGCAAUAGCUGUCGGCAGUGCAACGUGGUAGAAAGGGGGAGGUGUUCUGGCAGUUGGUGUGAAAACUGCCCAGCCCCUCACAGGAGGGGGGGAGGGCAGAGGGAGAGGCAUAGGAGCAAAGAGGAGAGGAAACAACGAAGAAGAGAAAGGAAGCAAAGGAAGAAACAUAAGGACGGAGGUGAAGAACCGGCAGCUGUAUCAGAACACCGGAAAUCAGCAGCUGAGUUAUGCCCCGCGGAUGCUCCCUGGGGACCGGAGGCCUUCGAUGACUCCUACUGCAAGGAAACAGAGUCAUCGCCGCCAUGCAGUGGUCGAGGAACCUGUGCAUGUGGAGAAUGUAGCUGCGACGAAAGGGCUGACCCACAGGAACUUGUUAGUGGGCAGUUCUGCGAAUGCACCAACUUCCUCUGUGAUCGAUUCAAUGGACGUCUUUGUUCGGGACCCGACCAUGGUGAAUGCAUUUGCAAUAAGUGUCAGUGCGAACCUGGGUGGGCAGGAGAAGCUUGUGAGUGUGAAGACAGUGUGGAUAACUGCAGGAACCCUGUCACUGGAGAAAUUUGCUCAGGCCAAGGCAUCUGCAGCUGCAAUGCGUGUGUAUGCAGUGUUGCAGAAGAAGGGAGGUAUUCCGGCAGGUGGUGUGAGGACUGUCCAACCUGCAAAGGCAAAUGUUCUCAGUACAAAUCUUGCGUUCAAUGCCAGGCCUUUGGCACUGGUGAUUUAAGCGAAGAAGAGUGCAUGGAUCAGUGCACGUUAUUCACAUUUACCGUGGGUAAAGUUGCCAGCGCGGAAACAGAGGACGAACGUUUAUGCACCUUCUUUGACGAAAAUGAAUGCCGUUUCACAUUUGUUUACGGCUAUGACGAAGAUCGACACCCGUUUGUGCGAGUGCAGCAAACCCUCGAAUGUCCUCCGGGUGUUGGAAGUGGAACAGGUUCCACAGCUGUAUCAGAACGUCGGAAUCUAGCAGCUGAGUUAUGCCCCGCGGAUACUCCCUGGGGACCGGAGGCCUUCGAUGACUCCUACUGCAAGGAAACAGAGUCAUCGCCGCCAUGCAGUGGUCGAGGAACCUGUGCAUGUGGAGAAUGUAGCUGCGACGAAAGGGCUGACCCACAGGAACUUGUUAGUGGACAGUUCUGCGAAUGCACCAACUUCCUCUGUGAUCGAUUCAAUGGACGUCUUUGUUCGGGACCCGACCAUGGUGAAUGCAUUUGCAAUAAGUGUCAGUGCGAACCUGGAUGGGCAGGAGAAGCUUGUGAGUGUGAAGACAGUGUGGAUAACUGCAGGAACCCUGUCACUGGAGAUAUUUGCUCAGGCCAAGGCAUCUGCAGCUGCAAUGCGUGUGUAUGCAGUGUUGCAGAAGAAGGGAGGUAUUCCGGCAGGUGGUGUGAGGACUGUCCAAUCUGCAAAGGCAAAUGUUCUCAGUACAAAUCUUGCGUUCAAUGCCAGGCCUUUGGCACUGGUGAUUUAAGCGAAGAAGAGUGCAUGGAUCAGUGCACGUUAUUCAACUCUACCGUGGUUCAAGUUGCCAGCGCGGAAACAGAGGACGAACGUUUAUGCACCUUCUUUGACGAAAAUGAUUGCCGUUUCACAUUUGUUUACGGCUAUGACGAAGAUCGAUACCCGUUUGUGCGAGUGCAGCAAACCCUCGAAUGUCCUCCGAGUGUUGGAAGUGGAACAGGAAUUCCAGGCCCGUGGUGGAAGGUCCUGGUGAAGGCGAGGGAGGGACUCGUGUCCCUCUACCUCGGCCACUGCGAUCAGCGUACCGUCCGCUUCCAGUGCGUGGCCGAAAGAGGCCGGUGUGAGCCUGUCAGUGACUGCGGUGGAAAUGCGGGCACGUUUCUUUCUCCCGAAGAGUGCCAGAGAGAGUGCCACACCGGAGCGCCGCCUGUGUCUGACGCCUCCUGCGACCGGUCCCAGUGCCCUUGGUCGAGAUGGUCCCACUACCUGGCCAGGAAAUGUCAUCCUCUCUAUGAUAAGGGAUUUUGCUGCCCGACUCGUUUCUCGUGUCCACGGGGGAUACAACUGAUGCAGCAAUGGACUAAGUGUUUCUACAGAGGGUCCCUUUACCUGCCUGGGGAAGAAGUGCCCUCAAGAAAUGACUGCCUUGGUACUUGUCACUGUGAAGUUGAUGCUUAUCCUGAUAUUAAGUGCCAAGCCCAGUGCCUUGACAACCUAGGUCAACCUGGACCAGGAUGUCGUCAUUUGUUCAAGCCGGGUUCAUGCUGUCCAUAUGCUCAAGCCUUGAUACGAUACAUUCACGAAUUUAUACUUAAACUAUAUUUCGGGAGAUGUUAUAAAUUAUAUACUGUAAAUGAAUGUGCCCUUUCAUCUUAUCCAUUAAUACACAUCCCUAAACAGCACAGGAAACACAACUGA